ACCUCAUGCUGGCUGUUGUGCUGUGCACCAUCAGCACCGCCUCAUCGGCUGAGUUGAAAAGCGAUGAGGCACAAAUAAGUUCUGCCAACAGGCUGUCGAGCCUGGCGAUUUCCAAAAAAAUGAUACAUUCGAGACACAUGAAGUGUUUCCUGCACUGGAUGGCGAGGCUUGUAAAGAACAAAGCCACAUUGACAAUUGCGUUGACGAGAUGUACCAAAGGAUAUGGCAGUAAAGCGUGGCGAAUUGUGACCAGCUUUUUAUCGAUUGUCACCAUUGCCACUGUGCCUAUUGUGUCAGCUUGUACGGGCAUAAUUGUCAAUGCAGUUGUUGGGGGAUUCAUCUGCAUCAAAUCAUUGACAACUAAGGGUUUACCAUUAAUCCAAGCACUGAAAAAGUUCCACGAUGUGUGCUCCGGUGAGCCACGAAAAGCAACAUCGUGCGCCAGAAAGUUGUUCAAGGAUUUCUUUACAUUUUCAAGUGUCUACACAGUCAUCGAUAGCUGCUUAUAUCCGACAAAGUUUAUCGAAAGUUGUGAAAUUAAGGAAUUAAAUGUGGCAUAAAUCGAA